UCGUCAUAGGAAUGUAUGUCAUUUUUUUUUUUAUAUUUGUGUCUUUUCUUACAGUGCAUUUACGGCUGUUACGUGCACUCUGCAAUCCUCCCAACGUUUCAUCGACGAUGCUACUGGUUGUUGCAGAACCCAGACAUUGUCCUGGUACACUACCUGAACGUACCGUACCCAGAUGACAACAAGUUGGUCAUGGCCUCGAGCAUUUCACUGUGGGCUGACAAGAAGGAGUGGACCAAGGAAGAGCUCAUUAGUCAGCUCAAGCCCAUGUUCUUCAGCGAGGAUGAACCUGACCUCAACAACGAGCUUGAAAUAUCGCCUUCGUGUGGAGGUCGGGUCUACAGCCAGAUUAGCAAGACGGCAGAGACAGUGGAGGCCAUAGUGGCACAGCUGAUGGAGAAGCAGCGUGUGGCCCGAGCAGCAGCCGCAGCAGCAGCUGUUGCAAACAAGAGCAGUGUGGAAUGUGGCUGUGGGGCAGGGGUUGGUGGUGAACACAGCAAACAGUGCACGUUGCACCCCCUGCGACGUCUUGGGGUGGCAAAGCUGCCACACCACCAUCACCAUCACCACCACCACCACCAUGACUCUGCCAACACUGUCACUUCCUCACGCCAAGCUCUGGUGGCGAUGCCCACUCCCUCAGACAAUGAUAGCAAUAACCAGGUAUCGUCAACGAGUGGGCCAGGUGGGUGCGUCACCCCCCAGUACCAGGGCGUAACUCAGGAGGGGGCCCGCCCACCAGAGCCCCCACCCUCCACCAGCAACACCACUAACAACAACAACAAUAAUAACAACAACAACAACAACAACAACAACAACAACAAUAAUAGCAACAACACCACGCCCAACAACAAUAACAACAAUCUCAACACCACCACAGCCCCGCUAAUCCUGAACCUGUCCAACAUCCAGGGCGGGGGCGGGCUGCUCAUCCUCAACAGUGGUGGGGGGGGUGGGCACCACCCUGCCCCACAUCCCCCACUGGCUGGCCCCCUCACGCUCACGUCGUAUCUGGGGCAGCCCCAUCCAAUCUCCACCGCUGCCUCCAUCGUCCACGGACCGCCCCUCGUACCACACUCCACCCACGUAGCGCACCUCCACCACGCACCACACCACCACCACCAUCCUCACCACCAUCACCACAUGCACCAGCAGCAGCAGCAUCACCCGGGCCAGCAUGGACCACAGCAGCAGCAGCAGCAUGGACCCCAGCAGCAAGGUGGGCCGCCACCCCAACAUAAUGCAAACCUGUUGGUGAAGCGUGAGGGAGAUAAGGCUGACGUCAUGGAGACUCUCAAACUGGACGCCACCAAUGGCAACAUUGCCCUCGAUGGUACCUUUGCAAACCUUGUGUCUAGUCUUGAGGCUGGAGAGGCCAGACCCACACAACAGCAACAACAGCAGCAUCAACAGCAACAGCAACAGCAACAGCAGCAACAACAGCCCACUAAAGAUACUUUCUUGGGUAUCAAAGCUGAGCUGUCUGAAUUGUCUGUGGAGAAAACAGAAUUAUUUUCUGACACAUUAGACCUCUCUCCUGACGACAUCCAGAAGACCCUCUCUGCUAACCUCCCCCCGGGGUCAUGCAGCCGCAAGACUCCCUCCUCCACUGAUGUCAAUCCGAUGGACUUCAUCGAUAAUGAUAUGACCUCACCUGAGGAUGAUGUUCUUGCAAACCUUGAUGCAUUCGACAUGCUGAGUGACUUUCCUGACCUGGAUCACUAUGAUACAUCCCCCCCUGACAACCUGAACAGCAACAAUAGCAACAGCAGCAGCAGCAGCAGCACAAACAACAGUGGCAAGUCGGUUACUAAUCAGAGUCAACAGACCACCAGGAUGGAUUACAGAGAGAAUACUGCAAAUAUUACUGAUUACUCUCCUGAGUGGGCUUAUCCUGAGGGUGGAGUGAAGGUGUUGGUGACAGGGCCAUGGUACAGUAGUUCAUCCCCGUACACUGUUUUGUUUGAUGGUGUUCCAACAGCCACAACUCUUGUCCAGUCAGGUGUUCUACGGUGCUACUGCCCUGCACAUGAGGUUGGCCUUGUGACUCUUCAAGUGGCAUGUGAAGGGUUUGUCAUCUCUAAUUCUGUGAUAUUUGAGUACAAAAAGCCUCCAUCUGAUGAGAACAAAGUCAAGGAGUUCAUGGCCUGGUUCCCACAGGAGCAGGGUGUCCGGGAGCAAGACGAGCACCUCCUGAAGUUCACACUCUUGCAGCGUCUGGAGACAAUGGAGACAAGGGUCCAGGUGUGCCCAGACAGCCAGAAGAGCCCAUCCAAUUACGAAAGUGAUGUUAUGAUGCACAAAGCUCAGAAUUUUGAGGAGAGAGUUGUGUUAUACUGCCAGAGGAUGAGCAAGAAACCAUGGCUUGGAAUGGACCAGGGAUUUGCUGCUGGUCUUCCAGAACUUCAUGGUCUUACACUUCUACACCUUGCAGCCAUGCUUGGUUAUUCAAGGUUGAUUGUAUCCCUCCUUCGAUGGCGUGAUGAGAAUCCGUCACUGGUGCUGGAGUGUGAAGUGGACGCAUUGCGGCAGGAUUCCCGUGGCUGCACCCCACUCAGCUGGGCAUGUACAAGGGGACAUCGCCACACUGCGCUCCUCCUCUAUCGGUGGAAUUGUCAAGCUCUGUGUUCUAGAAAUCAACUUGGUCAAACUCCACUGCAGUGUGCAACAAUUAAUGGUCAUCAUGCAUUAGCAGAGGAACUUCAGCAGUUAGAGAGACAGCGGGUACAGGGUGACCCCACUGAAGGCCUCCACCUCUCUUUGUCAUCAGCCUCGUCAAGCUCUCAGCUCUCUACCUCAACUGCUACCACCUCCUCCUCCUCCACAACUUCCUCUUCCUCCACGACCUCAGGAGCCAAUCCUAGCUUCACUAUGGCAGGGAUGGCUCACCAAUCACCUGAUGUGUUCCUUCGGCCUUCCCCGCGGAGAUGUGAUUUCAAGAAGCAGCGCCAUUUGAGUGUGGAUCUGCCAUUAAGCAGUGAGCAAGAACCAGCUCGACCAGUUGGAUGUCCUUCCCCUGCAUCAUCAGGCAGUGACUCCUCAGUUCGACGUGGGAGGCUGAUCAAAAGACCCUCAGUUGACUCAGGCAUAAACUUGGCCAAUGUUGACACGUACAAGAGAGCGAGCUUAGACUCUGGUCUGGAUGUACUGCAAAAGUAUUCCAGGGGAGAAGGAUCAAGUCCACAUGUUUCGACACCAUCCUUAGCCCUUGACAAUACUGGGGACGAGAUGCUGGACUCCCCCAUGCCCUUCCAGUUCACACCAGGUGGAAGCAGCCAGGUCCAGACAGAGGGGGAGGAGGAUGAUCACUCUUCCCUUAGAGGUGUAGACAGUAGUUACGCUAGUCGUCGGGAGUCGUUAAGUUCAGAAAUGGCAGGUUUGGCUGCGCCUGAUGACAGUCGUGUCCUCACUCUUGCUGAGCAGAUCAUUGCCGCUCUUCCCGAGAGAAUCAAGAGUGAUGGAGAAGAGCUGAUGCAGUUGGAGCCAAGCCCUGUUGCCCCAGAACCUCCGUCAUCUGAUUUGGACAUGGAAGUCAUAUUGGAUGAGCCGCCAGACACGACAUCAGAGUUCAACUUUGAAUUCUCUGAUAUCUCAUCUUAUAGAUAUAUUGACGUAGGAACACCUAGCUCCUCCAUGAGUCCAGCCUCGUCCAGCUGCUUGCCCUCACCAGCCUCCUUCACUCUGGAGAGCCCCUCACCCCCUCCCACAACGGCAGACUUCUCUGAAUUCUUUCAAGCCUCGACCAAAGACUUCUCCAGAGACUUUUCUAAUCUUACUCUCUCAGACCGUGAGCAGCGGGAAUUAUAUGAGGCUGCAAAAACAAUUCAAAAGGCCUAUAGGCUUUAUAAGGGACGCAAGAGACUCCAAGAGCAAGAUAAAGAAAGACAAGCAGCCAUAGUCAUCCAGAAUUAUUAUAGACGUUACAAACAGUAUGUGUAUUUUAGACAAAUGAGCAGAGCUGCAACACUCAUUCAGAACCAGUUUCGGUCUUACUGUGAACACAAACGCUUCAAGAAGAGUCUCGAAGGUGGCACUCAUACUGGUGUAAAUUUUUCACUGAGAGGAUCCAGAGAGACAACACCUAUACCAACAUUAAAACGAACAUACUCACAGCGAAGGCAACAUCAAGCUGCUCGAAAAAUUCAGCAGUUUAUGCGCCAGACAAAGCAAAAAUUACAGAGAGAGCGAGCGCAGGCGGCAGAAAGAGAGAAAGUGGGCCAGGCGGCGGGCCCGGGGUGCCAGGGACCAGCAGUGGGGGGAACAGCAGCAGUGGGGGGGCCAGCAGUCACAGCACAGCAGCCUCUCCCUCCCCCGGCCCUUCUCCACCAGCUCCCUCCAGCACGGGCGGGCCCCUCAUCGGAGCUCUCCCUCCGCGACACAGACCCUUUACUCUCGAGCACAGCCCAUGCACCUGACCAAACUGACCAUCAGGACUGUCAUUGAAGCUAUUGGAUGGGAGAACUGCCAAGCCUCCUUGGGUAAAGGGAAGCUAAGCAUGAAGCGUCGGUGCUCAAGUUUUUCAUGUGGACAGGACCUGAGAAAUGUAUCAAGACUGAUGAGUGUUCAAAGUGGUGCAUCACUACAGUGGAUGGAGCUGCCAAGGGCUCUGUAAGGAAGUGGAGAUGUGCUCCACCAUCUGGUAUCUGCAGGACUGUGGACAUGAGAGAUGCAGGGAUAAGGGACAGUAACUCUGCCACUGUGUGUGCGCCAGCUCUAGUGACCUUAACAAGUCAAAAGUUUCAUUUGCAUUGUGAUUUGCCUUUCUGAUAGCAAAGCUAUAGUAAUUUCAGUGCAUGUGUAAGGGAAAUCUUUUUUAAAAAGGUGUGAAUAUAUGUAUAAUGGUUAUAGAAAAAAGGUGUAUUAUGCUGCAAACCAGACUGUCUAAAUUGAAUAUCAGCAUCUUUACCUUGCUGAUCCCAAGCUAACAUCACUGCCUGUUAUGAUUUUGCUUUCAAAGGAAAUCUAGCCUGAACAGUAAUUCUUGCUUACAUCCCUAAAGAACAAAAAAUAAAUAAAUAAAUACAUAUUCUGUAGAAUAUGAAUAUUUCAGUUGAACGUUUAUUCAGUCACACUAAAUGUUUACUUGUUAAAAUCAUUUCACAAAAUCUCUGACUACCUCAUUUGAAAAGUAUUCCUAAGACACUAUCAUGGAUGAAGAAACCAUUGUGAUGCAGGGAUGGAGUUGAAUAUUCCACAUUUUAGUAGACUAAAAUUGUAUACUGAUUUGAAAUGUUGGUAUCAAAGUUCCUUUCCUCAUGAUGUGUAUAUGUGUCAGUGAUGGGUUGGGAAAGUAUUCAGGGGUGAAAUGAACAAGUGUGAUAACCAUUAUAUACCCAGUGAGACAUAAUGAUGAUGUAUCUGAUAAUAAUAGGGAUAAUAAUUUUACAUUCACAUGAAUUAUUAUGUUGAUCUUAAGAGAAGAAUUGGCAUAUUUCUUGCCAUGUGUGGAGUGUGGGAAUAUAUCCAAUGGGGAAUUGCUUUUUGAAGGAUUGUAGUCAAAUGUGUUGAUUUCCUUUCCUGUAUAUUUUAUUAUUGAUUUCUCAAACUUCACUAUUUUAAAGCAUUGUACAAAUUAUUCCCAUGCAUCACUGUAGCCAGAAUAGUGCAUAAAAACAGGAAGGCUUAUAUGGCAAUAAUACUGCAUAAUGUUAUUGGAGAUAAGUUCUUCCAUAAUAUUCCUUUGGCCUUAACAUUUGUUUGAAGACAUGUACUUAACAAAAUAUUUAUAAAUAAUUACAUUGUCAGAAGCAAACUAUUUUUAAAAUUGAUAUACUUGAUAUUCAGUGUCAUCAGAAUAGAUGGAAGGUUUUCCCCUUAUAUUUUGACAUAUGAAUUUCUUAUAUACUUAGAGAAAGAUAGCUUGAGCUAAUGUGCUUUCAGUGAGCAAUUGAUAAAGUCUAAAGCGGUAAGGCUUACUGAUAAAUAUAUGUGUUACCCGUACCGAUUCAGCCAAUUUGAAUGGUGAGGCGAGUGUGACUCAGCCUCCCUUGGCUCGGCAUGAGAGGAGAGAUAUGACGCUGUUGAUGCUACGGUACAAAACAGUCCAGGAUAUGUGUGGGAUGUUGUUGCUAUCCCUCAUGAGAGCACUGUUCAAGUGCUCUGGUGUGGCACUUGUGGUGUUUUGUGGUUCACAACCGAGGCCGGUCCUCCCAGUGCCACAGAGUCCUGGUUUGUUGUAGUUGGGUUGUUUACCAAGACGCCUCAUCUAGUCCCCCCUCGUAGCGAGCAGUUAGUGACCUACCCACCAUUUUCUACUAGAUGAAUAUUAGUUAGGCAUUUUGCUUUUUAAAGAAAAUAGAGAAGGGAAGUAUUUUUCAUUCUGCAGUGCUUGAUUCAAUCUUCCCUUACUAAAUAUCUAUUUUUCUUGCUGGAGAACAAAGUAAUAUUAUGAGGGCCAGGAACAUUGCUGGAUGUCUGACCAGUACAGGUCCAUUUUCUCUUAUUCAUAAUAGCAGUUAUGUAUAGACAUACCAGCUUUUAGAAUUUGUCUCUAGACUCAAAGUAAAUGCUUAUUUUUCUUUACUUGAUUUACUCUUUGAGUCUGGAGACCUCCUUGUCUUCUUGAUUACUCUAUCAUAUACUAUAUAGAGUAUUUUAUCCCAAGAGUGUUUUGCAUGUAGUUUGAUCCAACCCUGUGAUCAAUUGUUUAUUUUCCCAUUCUCAUUCCUCUCUGGAGAGUCAGAAGCUUGGCAGAGUGGCUUAUUAAACAAAUAAUUGGAUCAUGAUGAUCUGCAACCAUUCAUUUCAUUGUGAAUUGUAGAAAUUCACUGCCAGUAUUUGAUUUCACAUUGUACUCCAAAGUAUUAUGAAUAUUUGUUUGGUAGCAGACAGAGAAUUUCGUAAUAUUUUUAGUACCACAUAAACAUAACAAGAGUCACAGUUGCAGCAUAGUUAUUUACAAUCUUUCUUGAGUUUAGGAGCAUCAGAAAGGGGAAUGCUUUGAAUUCACGGUUUAGAGUUCAAAUCCUCUUGAUCUCCUUGGUACUCCAGUUUCACUGAUCAUGUCCUGUGGAAAGUUUAAGGAAAUAUAAACUGCUGCAUUUGACUCCAAUACUCAAAAGCUUUUAAACUAGGCAAGUGCAAUUAAUAUAAUUCUCAGGAUGGUACAUGUCAAACAACAAGCAAUGAAUCAGUGAAAUGAAGAUUGCAUCUGAUGGCUCACACCUUAUAUCAUCAUUUCCAUUAUCUUUAAUAACAAUAUUCCAUAGUUCAUCUGUUCAUCAUGGUGCACUUCAUUUACUAAUUAGUUGCACUAUAUCUCAAAACAGUAUUUUAUGCAAAGUAUUACAGUCUGGUAAGCUUGCUCUGUUUGAGGGUUCAUGAAGAUUGUAGACAAUGUAGCAAGCAGUUUGUCCACAUAAAUUUUAUAGGGCAUAAUUUACAUUUAAUUUAAAGGUAUGUGAAGGCAGAUCAAUGACCUCUUCAGUAAUGAUAGACUAGAUUGAAACUUAAUCAGACUCAUUUUCUUGUCACCAUACAAGUUAAAUAAGUCUUCUUUCAGUACCAUUUUAGUAUUGGAAUCGGCAAUCCCACAGUGAAUGAUCUCUUACAAUGUAGUUGAUCCUUGAGAUGGAAACGGAGGACAGUUGUAUAGGUUUCCUCCAAUAGAUUGGAUGGUAUUGUUAGGAUGAUGAGAUACAGCAAUUAGCCAGUCCAUGCUUUUUGGCAGUCUAUUUUUCUGGCAACUUAUUUUCUUCUUCAUCUGUAGUGUAGUGGAACAAAAAAGUAGAGUUAAUGGGUUUCUGUACUCAGGCCACCUAGAGACACUGCAGAUGGUGUUAAUGUUUUACAAAUUUUUUUUAUCAUUAGCCCACAUCAACAAUAAUUACACAUUAAGAGCAGGUUGUCCCCUGCAUCGGAAUUAAAUCAAAAUAAUUUCAGUGUCCUAGGUCGUUUGGAGUCAGAAACUAAAUUUUGAUACCUUGCCAGAAAGGGUGCUCAUUACCUCUGAUUUGAGGGGAUAUAAAGAGCCAAGUAUCAGGAAAGUUCUUGUAUAUAAAGCACUGUAUAUUACUCCUAAGAUUUAAAAACCCUUUUAACAUCCACACGAUGUACAUAGCUGUUGAUCAUGUUAUAAAUUUUAUUCUAUAUUAACUGAUGGAAGACAGUAGUAAGUCUUACAAAUGAUUCUUCUCCCAAACAUUUUUCUUGUUUGCUAUUCCUGCAACUUUUUCCUAGUCUCUCUAAAAUGUGACCAACAAUCCAAGACUGUAUGAGAUCAGAUCUAUAUGUUGUUGAUUUCUAUGAUGUUUAUUUUUGUUCAAAUCUACUUUUUUAUCUAUUUGUUAUAUCUUCAAUGUGUGAUGAACUAAAAGGUCUUGGGUAAAAAUGUAACCUUCACUACAUGAGAGGGGAGUAUUGCACCUUCCUGUAUAAAUAGGGGUUUAAAAUGAAAUAAUAGAUUGCCUGUUCAAAGUAUUAUGCUGGUUACAAAAGAUUGUGCUCUUUCACCCAUUACCUCAAGUCUUACAGUAAUAAUUUCAUGUGGCUUUCACUGUGACCUGCAAGUAAAUCAUCAAGUAAUUGCUCAUUAGCUCAUUUUCUAUCAGCACGAGAUGCACCCAGGGGUAAAACUGCAUCUUUCCCUCUUAAAUCUUGUGUGUGGGAUUCAUAUUUUCAGACAAAGUACACCUUUCACUAUAAUGUAUAUGCAACAGUCUUGUACUGACAGAAGAGAAGAGUAUCAGAUAUUUUAACCCUACUGGUUCAAAUUUUUUCUUUAAUAUAUACUGCAUACAUUUUUAUUAAUUUCUGAAUUCCAUAAGAACAUGCAUCUAGGCAAGAGUCCGCCGAUACUACUGUUCUUGUGGUUUUAUUUUUAUACAGGCGUCAAGUCCAGUAGCAAAACUUGUCGUGUCAGUUAUUCAAUGUGAAUUGUUUGUUACUUUGUACAAUUCUUUCUUAUUUUUUUAUUGAAGAUUUGAAGUCUAUUCAGGAAUGUUAUGAUUUUUACUAUUGGAAUAAAAUAUUUAUUGGAUUGCGUCACAGAAAA